AUGGCGACAGCUAAUGAGAUUGCUACACCAGGCCCGGACAGCGAAAUGUCACAGAAACGGCUCUCGGUGACGGAGCGCUCACCGCGGACCAAAAGUGGAAAUGGGGGUGGCUGCGAUGCGGCGUUUGGCCCUUUGCGCGCACGAGACGAAGUGCAUGCGGCCUUGGGGGCUUCGUUGGAGGGGAGGGAGUGUCGAGGUAACCAACACCAACGCCAGCUGGACGCCCGCCCUAGGCUGAGCUACCGCGAACGGAGGACUGCCUUGGACAAGAUUGGGAGGCCGUGGCUGGUCGCACCGCUGAUGACGGGCCUCCUCACCACGGCACAAAGGUAUUGGAUGUUCCUUUUCCCUCCUCCAGAACAAAGAGGUCGAGGCCGUGUAGGUACUCGUUCGUACCCGUGGCAUCGCAUAUGGCAUCGCAUAUGGCAUGGCGUGGCGUGGCGUCGCGUUGGGUCGAUGCGGCUCUUGGAUGACACGCCCAUUUCCAUUCCCAUCACGCAGCCUUGUUUGUCGUCUCGUCAUGCAACCGCGUUUGCAUUUGCAUUUGCAUUCGCAUUUGCAUUUGCACCUCUUCACGUCAUGGCUACUGUACGACACCCGACUCUUACUGCUACUCGCACAUCGUCUCCUGGCACGCAAGGGAUGUGCGCAUUUCUCUCCGCCCAUUGCCAGGCUCGCACCUCGCCCUUGGCCUGUCUUGACGCAAACCUGGCAUGCGGACGAGCCUCGUCGCAUCAUCUCACCCAAGCAGACGUGUCCAGAUCCCAGCUAGAUGCUCAACUGCGCGUGGCUAGCGCUAAGCUGCCUGGAGCUGCCUGGAGACGCACCGAUGCAGAACCCGCACCAGGCACCGAAUCGCACCGUCGGUAA